GUCAGUCUAUUUCCUAGAAUGUGUGAGUUAGUUCUGUGGGAGGGAGGCUGAGGACCAGGAGGGGAGCUCUGACUCAGGAGCUUUGGAGACUGACUGGUUUCCUCCCAUCCCGACUCCACGGCCCCUGUACCUCUGGGCUCUCUGUAGAAGGAUGGGGAGAGGAGGGAGGAGAAGAGGAGUAAAAGAUGGAGGGGAACAGUCUUCUUCUGCAGACCUCAUACUUUCCAAUCCUGACCUCCGGCAUUGUUUUUUUAUUCCCCCCUUACCCCCCAGGCAAUUGGGGUUAAGUGACUUGCCCAGGGUCACACAGCCAGGGUUAAGGUGUUAGGUGCCUGAUUUGUACUCGGGGCCUCCUGAAUUCCGGUUGGUGCUCUACCCACUGCUACCCCUAGUGCCCCCUCCUGCACUGGUGCAGUCUCUCCCCUGAGGACAAGACCAGGGCCUUGUAACUCCUGGAGGACCUCAGCUCCAUGAAUCCCCAUAGGCUUUUCUCCUGCUUAGAAAAGAGGGGAAAAUCCUCUCCUCCUCUGGGAUGUUUCUCCCUCUCCAGCUUCUUGGGAGCAAGGACUGGCCCAGGCAGGGAUUGGAUCAAAGACAGACGCCCAAAGUGGGGUGAAAUUAGCACAGUUUUACUGUCAGGGCCCCAAAGACCAGUCUCCCAGGCUGUGCACACCAAGGCAAUCGGCCUGGGACCAGGAUGAGGGAAGGCUGGGCUUUUCUAUGCAGAGGUAAAGAAGGGAGGGGCUCUCCUGGAGCUCCUGGCCUUCUCUUGGUUUUCAGGGAGGCUUAGAAUUAAAGCCCCCCAAAGUUAGGUGUGACCUCUGUUUGUGAGAGCAUUGGCUAUUGUCACUUCUGUGGGUCCUUCAAGGGUGGGAGCAACAGGACCCUGAGAUUAAGACCAGGGACCAGAGGGAGGAACUUGACAAAAUGGAGUCACUUUGAUUGCUUUGCUACCUCCACAGGGAGCCAGGAGCCAGAGGCAAUGGGCCCUGGGAGCCACGGACCUCAUCCUCAGGAGAUGGUGACAUUAAAGGAUGUGGCUGUGGACUUCACUAAGGAAGAGUGGGGGCUCUUGGAGCCCUCUCAGAAGGAGCUGUACAAGGAGGUCAUGGUGGAGAAUGCCAAGAACCUGCUAUCCCUGGGGCUUCCAGUUCUCAGAGAAGAGGUGACCUCUUAUUUUGAGCAAAGGGAAGCACUGUGGAUGCUGGACCAAGAAGGCCUGAGGAAAUGCUCUCCAGAGAUCAGACUUGGAAUGAAGAAAACUCCUGCAGGGCUAAGCCAUUCUGUGUUCAAAUCUCACAAGCAAAGAUUCAUGUGUGAUGAUCCCUGUGACUUUACUUGGAGAGAAAUCUGUGAAUUACAUGAGAGAAUCCAGAUUAGAGAGAGACAUUAUGAAGGUAACCAAUAUGGAAAAGGUUUUAUAAAAAAGGAAACUCUUAUUGUACAUAAGAGAAUCCACACUGCAAGGAUGCCUUAUGAAUGUAAUCAAUGUGGAAAGGCUUUUAGACAAAAUGGAGCUCUUAUUAGACAUCAGAUAAUCCACACUGGAGAGACACAUUAUGAAUGUAACCAGUGUGGAAAGGCUUUUUUAAAUAACCAAUGUCUUAUUGAGCAUCAAAGAACCCACACUGGAGAGAAAAGUUAUGAAUGUAACCAUUGUGGAAAGACUUUUAGAAAAAAGAGUACUCUUACUGGACAUCAGAGGAUCCACACUGGAGAGAAACCUUAUAAAUGUAAUCAAUGUGGAAAGGCUUUUAGACAAAAUGCAACUCUUAUUGGACAUCAGAGAAUCCACACUGGAGAGAAACCUUAUAAAUGUAAUCAAUGUGGAAAGGCUUUUAGACAAAAUGCAGCUCUUAUUGGACAUCAAAGAAUCCACACUGGAGAGAAACCUUAUGAGUGUGAACAAUGUGGAAAGACUUUUAGAAGAAAGGGAGCUCUUACUAAACAUCAAAGAAUUCAUACUGGAGAGAAACCUUAUGAGUGUGAACAGUGUGGAAAGACUUUUACAUGGAAGGAGAGUUUUAUUAACCAUCAUAGAAUGCACACUGGAGAAAAACCUUAUGAAUGUAACCAAUGUGGAAAGACUUUUACCUGGAAGGAGAGUUUUAUUAAACAUCAUAGAAUCCACACUGGAAAGGAACUUUAUGAAUGUAACCAAUGUGGAAAGACUUUUACCUGGAAGGAUAGUUUUAUUAAACAUCAUAGAAUCCACACUGGAGUGAAACUUUAUGAAUGUAAACAAUGUGGAAAGGCUUUUAGCAAAAAGGGAACUCUUACUGUGCAUCAGAGAAUCCACACUGGAGAGAAACCUUAUGAAUGUAACCAGUGUGGGAAGACUUUCAAACAUAAGAAUAGUCUUCUUACACAUGAGAGAAUCCACACUGGAGAGAAACCAUAUGAAUGUAAGCAAUGUGGGAAGGCUUUUAAAAAAAAGGCCUCUCUUACUGGACAUCAAAGAUUCCACACUGGAGAGAAACCAUAUGAAUGUAAGCAAUGUGGGAAGGCUUUUACAACAAAGGACUCUCUUACUGGACAUCAAAGAAUCCACACUAGAGAGAAACCAUAUGAAUGUAAGCAAUGUGGGAAGGCUUUUACAACAAAGGACUCUCUUACUGGACAUCAAAGAAUCCACACUGGAGAGAAACCAUAUGAAUAUAACCAGUGUGGAAAGACUUUUACAAAGAUGGUAUCUCUCACCAUACAUCAGAGAAUCCACACUGGAGAGAAACUUUAUAAAUGUAACCAAUGUGGAAAGGCUUUUACCAAAAGGGAAUCACUUAUUGUACAUCAGAGAAUCCAUACUGGAGAAAAACCUUAUGAAUGUAACCAGUGUGGAAAAGCUUUUACAGAAAGAAAAGCUCUUACUAUACACCAGAGAAUCCAUACAGGGGAGAAACCUUACCUGUGUAACCAGUGUGGAAAGACUUUUACACAAAAGGGAGCUCUUACUGUACAUCAGAGAAUCCACACUGGAGAGAAACCUUAUGAAUGUAACCAGUGUGGAAAAGCUUUUAGACAAAAGGGAACUCUUACUAACCAUCAGAGAAUCCACAUAGUAGAGAAAUUUUAUGAAUACAACCAAUAUGGAAAGGGUUUUAUAUAAAAAUUUGACUUUUAAUUGCCAGAUCUGUGAAGAAAUGUAAAGGCAUUGAAAUAAGGAGGAAAAUGAAUCAGGGAGAGAAUCCUGGGAGAAAAUGUGGUAGUGCUGAUGCCUUUCAUACUUGGCCAGCUCUAACUUUAACACUAGGGGGAGAGUGAGGAAGGGAAAAUAAAAGGACUAGACAGAGCCAGUAACUUCUUAAGCAUAUUGGAUCCUUCUUUGCCACCUGGUGACCUACUUGAAAGGCAGCAGGACGGAAUGGAAAGAUCACUAUAUUUGGACUCAGGACAGAGGUUGAAAUUCUGGUUCUGCAACUCUGGGCUUGGCAAGGUAAUUUAAUUUCACUGGAGCUCAGUGCAUUUAGAUUAGUUAGCCUCUGUCCCAACCCUAAAUCCUUUAAGAAGUCAAAGAAAAUGAACCCUAUGCUCCAACGUCAACUAUUAUUGCUUCUCAGCUUCAGAUUAGGGGUAAUGACUCAGAUGACUUCAUAUGAAUGGCAGUUUGGAAGAGAUAAUAAGAUAGCAGCAAUUCUAAACCUAGAUCUUUGAUUUAGGAAACUUGCCCAUCCUUCCUAAAUGAAAAACUCUGGGAAACUAAUGAAAUUUCUUGCUAUAUUUGUUCAGGCAGAAGAUGUUUUAUUAAGAUGCUUUUAAAAAUGAAAGAUUUCAACUUCGCGAUUUCAUCUUAAAUCCUUCAAAUUGACAGUGAUAAUUCCAAAAGCCAGAAAUAGCACUAGGGAAUGGUGGGUUAUGGAAUUAGAGACACAGUAAUACAAUGUAUAUAGCUAUGAAUUGAUGGUCCAACUGUUCUGAAAAGUCAUUUAGUAUCAGGAUUUAUUAAAAGGGGACCAAAUGUCACAUACUUUGUGAUAGAUCCUAUAACAAGGCAUGAACUCUAAGGAAGUGAGGGAAAGAAGGAUUCCAUCUAUACUAAAAUUUUCGUUGCAAUGGAUUUUUGUUUGUUUGUUUUAGUUUGGUUUUUUGGUAGCAAAAAAAAAAAUUGAUGAUUUUUAGUUGGAAAAUCUCUAAACAAAUUAUGGUAAUGGACAUAUUGGCAUAUUGUGCCAUGAGAAAAAGUGGAUAGGAAGAAUUCAAAGAAGUAUGGGGAUAUGUAAAUGAAUGGAGAUAGACUGAAUUGAGAAAAAGGAAGAAAAACUAGCUACAUGGUGAUUCCCUCAAAUACUCAGAUAUCCUGAUCAUGAUCUCUUCCAUUUGAAAUUGUUCCAACAAUGUAGAUCCAGCAAUGUCCGUCUGUCCAUCCUAUGUGACUCUUGCCUAUGUUUCAAAAAAGUUCAUCACAGAGCAACUAUCCUAUAUGAUGGAGUCCUCCUUUACUUUCUCUUACCAUCUCAAGGGCACUUGUGGAGUGUUAUGGCUAUCCACUCAUCAGCCCUCUUCCUUACAAUGUGAGCAGCUCCUUUUCUCUUCUUGUCCCAUAAUUCUUUAAUGUGAAGAAUGAGUAAUGCCAACUAUCCCAACAGAGGACACCAAGAAAGUUCACAAAGUGCAUUGGUCAGCAAACAUCUGACUCCCUUAACAAAUGGAGAGAGGCAGCUCCCAGAGAUGGUACUAACUGGACUAUAAAUGAACUUGUGAAAUCUUCUAACUUUGUAAUCUGUGCUAACAGUGGAAAAACACAACUUUGGGACCCUACAAUCUAUCAGUUGUUGGUAGGUUGAUACACUAUGCAGAAAUUGGGGACCACCACCAGUUGUCUUGACCUAUCUCUUCCCACUGGGCUCAGAUCAUCCUGAAGGAUGGAGCAAGGCUAAUGAUUUUGCCCAGUUUUAUCUCACUUAAAUCCAAAUCACAUGUAAAUCAAGACUUCACUUGCUGAUGGCAUCAACCCUCUUUGAGAAGGAAAGAAUAAAAACAAUCUUCAGAUGAAAAAGCUCAUGAUUUCAAAAGUUCAGCAUUCCUCUCAAAAGCAAAAGUUCAGUUUUCCCAUCUGUCACUUUUAGUUGCAAGAAAACUCUGGCUUAAGUUGAAAAGUGCAUUAUUUUAAUAAAACACUCAAAAUUCCAAAGAAAUUGGUCUCUUAACACUGUUUGCAAAUCACUUCAUGUCCAGGAAAUGUAUUAUUUUUAUAUGGUUCACUAUUGUGAUUUUGUUCUAAAGCAUCUGUUGUUAUCUUUAUUAGCCAAGAUGGUACCAUUCCUGGAAAUGCUGUCUCUAGGUAUUUUUGUACAAUUGGAGGAAAUUUGCUAUCAGUUAUUUCUACAAGAUCCAGGUGGAAAGUAUCAAUGUUUUCGAGAUGAAAAGAGAGGUUGUUAGCAAUUCAUAUUUCAGACUUUCAACUAAAUUGUCACUGUCCCCAUGAUACUGUCAGUCCUUUACCUAUUUAGAUUGUUUUCCCCACCUACCAACUCCUGUGUUUUGUUCUAUCUUUAAAAUGGGGAACAAGGGAACGUUUCAUCCUUCAGGUCUUUAGCUCCAUUGAGAAUCCAUUGUUCCUCUUCACUAUUAAAGUUGUACUUAUUUAAUAAACUGCUAAUGCUCAGAGCUUUGUCUCUCAAUUGACUUGACUUGACUUGUGACAAUUAGGCCUGGUGGUCUUUAGAAUAUUCAUACAACCUCUCCUGAAGGAAGGUUUAAGUUUGUAGAAUGUAUGCUUGGAAGCCCUUGACAUCAAAUUAAACCUGAUUGUCUUUUACCUGAUUUGUUGUUCAGUCACUUCAGU